AUGACCUCCUCAGUUACUCGUAGUAGCAGAUCCUCCAUUAAAAAGGCUGCCACAGCCUCCAAUGAUAACAUGCUGCAAAAGACAAAGUCUUCUGCUAUAAAGAAAAAGAAGCAAAAGCCUGGUAAGAAGGAUGUGGAUCAUGACAUGCGAUCGAAAAAACAACAAAAGGAAGAACAGCAUCAUGACAAUGGCCUAGACGAUGAAAUUCAACAAGCAGACAAGGACAAUGAAUCAUUGUCUCUAGGUAAAAUCGAUGCUACCCAGCAUCCCGAGUACACCAGCCUGAUGAAAGAGCUCGAUCAAUCAAAGCUUGAACGUCUACAAAAAAUAGAGAACUGGCAAAGGCUUGAACGUCAAUCCAUCCAUGAUUGGUUCGCUGCUCAGAAAAAGCAAGCUUGGAAUGAUUUCUAUUUUGCUAGGAAAAAGGUACGCUCAGAUCUUGUUCAAAAUGUGCAAAACAAGAUCACAAGACUUGAACAGGAAUUAGGACAAUUGAACGUACAAUGUGGUGCCACGAAUGAAGAAGCCGAUCGUGAUCUCACACUCGCAAGGCAACCAUACAAUGGCAGUAAUACACCCAAUCUAGUGUACUCUGAUUAUGAAUCAAGAAGCACGACAGAUUCUGCCGAAGACGGUGAAGCGAGUUCUCCCAGAAAUGAUGAUGUAGCAACUUCUCCAUCUGCCGUCAGUGAACAUCAAUAUCCAUCUUACUCUCAUCAUCGACCCUCUUUUGUACAGUAUCAGCAGCAGCAGCAGCAGCAGCAGCAGCAGCGGCCACAGCAACAACAGCCAUACUAUCACCAAUCGCAAUCUCAGCACAAUCAUCAACCAGCAGCAUCUUUAACAACCUAUGCCAAUAGUAAUAGCAAUACAAAUAUGAUAUAUCCCCCUUAUGAGUUUGAGGAAUUGCCGCAGGACGGAAGACGUGAUUGGUGGCCCUAUCGUUCCACCACCUCAACAACGACAACAGCGUAA